UUGGCUUCCCAUUGACAAAUAAAUAGGAGCAUUUUCUGAGGCAAAGCAGAUUAGGGUUUGUGUUGCUCCAGAGCUGCGGUGGUUGCGGUCGUCCUGUGUUACACUUCCUUCCGAACUCUGAACCAUGGCAACUCAAAUGAGCAAGAAGAGAAAGUUUGUGGCUGAUGGCGUUUUCUUCGCUGAACUGAACGAGGUUCUCACCCGCGAGCUCGCUGAGGACGGUUACUCCGGUGUGGAGGUUAGGGUUACUCCGGUGAAAACUGAGAUCAUCAUCAGAGCCACUCGAACCCAAGCCGUUCUAGGUGAGAAGGGUAGGAGAAUUAGGGAGCUUACCUCAGUGGUAUCGAAGAGGUUCAAGUUUCCUGAAAACAGUGUGGAACUCUAUGCUGAAAAGGUUAACAACAGAGGCCUUUGUGCCAUUGCCCAAGCCGAGUCUCUCCGCUACAAGCUCCUUGGUGGCCUCGCCGUAAGGAGGGCUUGCUAUGGUGUUUUGAGAUUUGUUAUGGAAAGUGGAGCCAAGGGAUGUGAGGUGAUUGUUAGUGGAAAACUGAGAGCACAGAGAGCCAAAUCUAUGAAGUUCAAGGAUGGGUACAUGAUUUCUUCUGGGCAACCAGUCAAGGAUUACAUUGACUCUGCAGUGAGACAUGUGCUCCUCAGACAGGGUGUACUUGGUAUCAAGGUUAAGAUUAUGCUUGACUGGGAUCCUAAAGGGAAACAGGGUCCUAAAACUCCCCUCCCUGAUAUUGUUACAAUCCACUCUCCGAAGGAGGAAGACGAAUACAUUCAGCCUGCUGCUGUUUCGGCAAGUGAUAUCGAGGUCCCUGUUGCAUGAAAAUGUAAUAGUUGAGUGCCUAGUUUCUUUCAUGCACUAUUUGUUGUCAAAGACUUAGUUCAAAAUUUUGUAGUUUCGUUAAUGCCUUUUAAAAAUUCUUAUACUCAAUUGCAACUAUUUAAGCAUCAAUCUUUUUUUUUCAUUACCUCA